AAUAAAUACAAUAAUAUAAACAUCCACUUUCGUCUGCAACCAUGCUCUCAAGGCCUGUUAUGUUCGCGAUCGGAUCGACAUGGCUUGCUUUUUCUUAAUGAUUCCAGUCUUUAAAUAUCAAUAAAAGGUUUUGGAAGUGGUUAAACUAAAAUGUUUUUAAAAUUUAAAUUUCUACCAUUUGUUGAUAUAAAAUAUAAAUAAAUCUUUGACUUAAAUUAAUGAAUGUUAAGUUAGGCGGCGGUUCUGGCUUAAUAUUAUAUAAUAAGUCACGGCACUCAUGGCUUAGAAUUACUUAAUUAUUACUAUAACUAUAACAUUUAGUCAUAUCUUUAGAAUAAAUGAUUAGAAAUUUUCAGUUAACUUUAAAAUAAUUAAAAUAAUUAUAAUUAGCAAUGUAGGCUACAUGAUUUAGGUCUAGGUGCCUAAAUAUUUAUUAGUUGGGUCUGGGCCUAUUACUAUUAUUAAUAAUAAAUAAUAAUUCGGCCAGUGAUGGGUAGGGCGAGACACAGCCAAUUGUUGGCUAUCCCCAAUCGCUCAGAUAUUGAAUAUGCAAGAACAUCAAAGAAGAAGAGAGUGGAGAACACUGUGCAGUCUCAGCUGUGUGUUUUUGUUUUGUUAAUACCGGUACUGUGCAGCGCCAAUUACAGACAUUUAUCAGUAUCAGAUCUAUUGAUCAUUGAUAGAUCUUGAUUUAGUCUUAGUUAUAAUCUGGUGACAACGGAAUGUUGUGGACAAAAGGGUGGAAACAGGAAAUGUCAAUAGUUUUGAACAUCUGCAUCUAGGGGUGUGCCGGAUCCGUUUUUUCCAACCGGAUCCGGAUCCGGAUUUUCUUAUGCGAAAUCCGCCGGAUCCGGAUUCCGGUUUCUCCCGGAUUCCGGAUUUUGGUACUAUUGGUAGAUACUUCGGUAAGUCAAGGUGGACUACUACUUUUUGUGUAUGGGAAUUCGCAAUCGGCGCCAAAAAAUCCGAGUUUUUAAUUUUCCGAUGUGUGUGUCUAUUUAUUAUUAAAUUAGUACUUUCGAUAUAUAUUUGAGUUCCGUUCCAUUUGGAUAAGUGUCUUACGAGAGACGCCAUGUUUCUACGCGUUCGCAGCAGGUUAUGCAGCUCGCUCAACCUAAUUUCGCCAUGGGGUUGGCCACGCCCCCCUUUUUAAUGGCGGAAGUUGACGAUACUUAGGAAAUAUUAAUUUAUUAUCACUAUUUACAUCAAAAUAAUUGAUAACUUGUGUUUCAGAAUGCAUUUAAAGACAUUUAAACUGGAAUGUUUUAAUUUGAGCUUUAACAACCCGGUAGAAUCCAUAUUAUAAAUGAUCAGAAUUUACCGUGUGCAACACGUUGUCAUUGGCAACCAUUCACAGCCACUUGCAUAACUGUAUCGUAGUACUACCUCAGAGUUUCAUUCAUAAGAGUUUGCCGUGUGCAAAAACUAUUAAACCAUUGGUCAGGGAAAGCUUUAAUUAAUUAUUCAUGUGCCAAAGUUGAAAGUUUAAACUAAGUCUAAACAGUAUUUUAGUGAUAAGGCAGGGAAUGCGUUGCCUUAUAUAAACUAUAUAGUCAUUGCGCAUGACGGGAUUGGUGGAAUGAGAUCACAGAAUGUGGAGAUGCAGUCCAUGUUAAAAAAUGACAAACCAAGUCGUACUUUAAAAAUUCAUAACUUUAAAACUACAACAGCUAAAAAUAUGAUUUUGGUGUUAUAAUUCUUUAAAAAAUUACAUCUUUUCAACUAUGCCAUUGGUUUAUUUUUACAAAAAGUUUAAAUUUUCUUAUCAAAGUCCCUACACUAUUGGCCACUAUUAGCGGUGCUGACUCUAGCCUCUGGUAUGUACGGAAUAUUAAACAUUAAACAAGCUCAACGCUCGAAACAAUCGAUUAAUGUAUCGUGAUCGUGUGAAAUUCGGGAAAGAGAAUUACUUUUAUUUCAGAUUAUGAUCCGGUGAGUCACAAAAUCUGGCAAAUUCCGAAAUCCGGUAUAUUCCGGAUUCCGGAAUCCGGUUGUUCCGGAUACAUGUAAAUCCGGCGGAACCGGAUUUCACCGGAUAGUGCAAAAUCCGGCGGAACCGGAUUCCGGACCGGGGUCCGGCACACCCCUAUCUGCAUCACCACAAUAAAAAAUUGAACUCUGAGAAGCUGCAAUUAUUCAUAGGGCUAAACUUACCCCACCCAGUCACUUCGUAAUAAUUAUUAACAUUAAGUUUAACUGUUUAAGGAGUAUUUAGAUAUUAGAUAUCUAUCUUGUCAAUAAGGAAUAUGCUAACUAACUAUUAGUAAUGAGUACUAUGACUAUUAGUAUGCUUUAAAAUGAUUCAAAGUAAUUUAAAUCACAUUGUGUAUCCUAUUUUGUCAUCAAGUUAGUCGAUGAUCUCUUUUUGUAGGAAAUCACUUGGUUAUUUAAAAAAAAAAAUUAUGGUUAAUUUUAUAGGAAGUUUUAAUUCAACCUGUUAAAGGAUGUUUCGACGCAUUUAUCAACAAAGUUCAUCUAAUGGUUCAGCAGCGGUAAGCAGUGAAAAUAAUAUUGUAAUUAUUAUUGAGAUGCCAGUGAAUAUGUAUAAACAUGUAAAUCAAAUGAUAUUGAUUAUAUUUAUAAAUAUCAAUUCAAAGCUGACCUUUCAUUGUGUUUCAUAAUUUAAAAAUAUCAUUGUUUAUAGAGUUGUACUUUCAUAAUUAACAAUUCUAUAAAUAGUUUUUGUACUCGCAUAACUUUAUGUAACCAGUAAGGUUGAAGUUUUUUUUAGAUAUCAUCCAUUACUAGAAAGUAAUUUUGAAUGAAUUUUUUAUAACCUGGACAGCAAUUAAAAUAAAAUUGUCAAUUUUUUAAAAAUUAUUUAACAGUCCACUUUGACUCAUGUUUUUAGUCUAAAGAUCAGGCAAUUGAUGAUGAUGAGGAUGAAAAUGACAAGGUUGAUGAAACUCUAAAAGAUGAAGUGAACAGAGUGUGGCUGGAUGUUGAAAAGCAGUGCAUAGAGAGGAGCACAACAUCAAAUAGAAUAAGUGAUGACAGCACAGAAUUUAAAAAUGAUUGGAACGUUGUUCGUGUAUUUGUCUCUUCAACUUUCACUGAUUUUUUCAAUGAAAGGGAGAUUCUAGUCAAAAAGGUUGUGCUUAAAAUAAAUUUUGGAUUUGUUAAAAAAAUUAUUGUUAACAUUUUGAAAAAAUUUAAUAUUGUGACUUUAUUAAAUAAAAGUUUUGAUAGAUUUUUAAAAUAAAUGGUUAUUUUUCAAUAUUUUAGGUUUUUCCAGAGCUAAGAGAAUGGUGCAUGGAACGAGGUUUGAAACUGGUUGAAUGUGACUUGCGCUGGGGAAUCCCCCGUGACACUUCAACAUCAGAGACAAUACUUGUUUGUCUAGAUGAAAUUGAAAACUGCCGAAACACAAACAAAGACAAACCUUUUUUUAUCAAUCUUGCAGGAGAGAGGUGAGAAAGAAACAAAACAAAAUGAUUGAUUUCUUUAAUUUUUUUUUAAAUAGAUGACUACAAUUCUUUAAAAAAUCCAUGCACUCUUACAUUGUUUCCUAUCCUGCUAUCUAUAAAAGUUUAGACUUUUCUUAUCAAAGUGGUAUGGUUAUCCCUUUGACCCGGCAAUCCCACUUUAUCAGUCUCGCAUUAAAAAUCCACCCCCCCGCCAGACCGAUAUUUUGGUCUCCCAUACCCAUUGAUCAACAGUCGGUAUAUUAAAUGUGUUGUAAAUACUGAGUUCAUGGCAUAUCACGUGACUUGCGAAAGGUCACAGUAAUGCCCCCUCCCAUGAAUGCAUUGUUUUUGUUAUGUUUUAGUCAUGUUUUUCGAUGUAUAGUGGUGAUGAAAAUACAAAAAUUGAUAUGCUAAAGGACUCAAACUAGAGUAGUUUUGUGAUAAUGUAAAUAAUUCAAAGGAUUAUUAUUGUGUUUUGAAAAAGGAUUGAAAUAAAGCCAACGGACAAUGAUAGUGACGAUCGAUUGACUUUAACUUUUAGUGCUAUUAAUAUGUACUUUGGGAAUAAAAUAAACAACACAAGGCAUGACAGGGUCUACCCUUAGUUCAAGCCAAGGCUUUAUGAAAAAUCAGGGUUGUAUAAUUGACCUUUUACUAUGCUAUUUUACACCAUUUCUAAGACAAUUUUAUCCUUGUGAUAAAGUUUAUAUCACUUAUGGACUACUACCAGACAAAUUUAGAUUGAAAGGAAUAAAAUUUAUAAAAUUUUAUAAUCAUUCAAUUUUGUUUGCUUGCGUGUCAGUUUGUAGAAUUUUUUCCCCAGGAGCCCAGGGGCAUGGGUAUUUUAGACCCAGGAGCCAAAGGUUCAAAGGGUUUAAACAAGAUGCCAAAAAAUAAAUAAUGAUCAGUUUUUCAAAUAAUAUAUGGUAAUUUAAAAGCUUUCUCAUGUGUUUAAAAUUGAAUGUUAGAAAAAAAAAAAACAGAAAAAAAUUUAAUUAAAAGUUUGAACAUAUUUAAUGAAAUGUCUCCAGGUACGGAUGGAUACCUUCCCUUAGUGAAACACCAAAGGAGGCUAAAGAAAAAUAUGGAUGGGUGGAUGGCACUUCCAUUACAUUUAUGGAAAUAAUGCAUGGUGCUUACAGGUAAGCAUAACAUGAUAUUUGAGUUUUGAAAACGAUAAUUGAUGUUUACAGACAUUUAUAAUUGAAAAAUUUAAUUCCCUUCACUCUCUUUCAUUGCCAUAGACCAUUAUAAAAAAACCUCCUAUUUAUCAUAAUUUAAUUAGUUUACUGACAUUAUAGUUUUGUUAUAAACAGAGAUAGAAAUCCCAAUGCAGCAUUUUUCUUGCGGGACAAGUCAGUGUUGGUUGAUGUACCAGAGACAUUUAUUGGCAGGUUUAUUGACUCUGAGCCAAUAGCUAAACAACAUUUGAAAGUGAGUAGAUCAAGUUUUUCUUUCAUUAUAUUUGAACUGACAUUUUAAUACAUGUUUUUAUUUCCCAGUUUUUUUAUCUUUCCUCAUACCUGUGUUUAAUGAAAUAAAUUGAAAUCAUUUAACCUUAUAUCAAGUGUUACUUGGAAAAAUAAACCUUUUAAACAUGACCAUGUAAAAUCACAGUUUGCCUUGAUGAGUGUGAUUUAUAUUUAUUUAUUUAUUUCCUACCCAGGUGAUGAAAAGAAAACUGAAAGAGAAGUUUCCUGAUCAAAUUUUUCCUUACAGCUGUAAAUUCAAGGAGAUCAGCAUGGCAACAGGCAGAGAACAGGUGACGCUUAUACUGACCCCGUAGGAUGGGUUUUUCUGUCUGGUCUUUAAGGGCCAGAAUAAACUGCUACACAGUUCAAAAUAUUACCUUGGCCAGCACUCCACCCUUCAGCCAGUUGAAUGCUGACACCCCCCCCCUCUUCCCCACCUGCCCCCAAAGGAACAGUUAAAAAACUUUUAUAAAUCUAAUUGAUAUUAAUUUAAUACACCCUUCUCAUGCUGAUAUAUAUAUUUGUGCAGAUAUGUUAGGCAUAAUAUUUACUACAGUGAAACUUACGCAGUUUCUUUAUGCAAUAGGGCAACGGGGAUAGGUAGUUACUAUUUUAUUCAGGUCUAAAAUAUAUUCCAGUAAACUAAAUAUUUCUACAUUUUAUUUUUUGACUCACAGGUCUAAAAUAUAUUCCAGUAAACUAAAUAUCUCUACAUUUUAUUUUUUGACUCACAGGUUGAGUUUACAGCAAUGGAUACAUUUGCUGAGUUGGUGUUGACAUUCUUAAGAAAUGCUAUAGAGAGGACAUAUCCUAGUUUAGCACUUACAGAAACAAAACCAGAUUUAAAGAGGCAAGGUUAGGAAUUGCAAAUAAAAAUAUCACAGAUAAUUUUAUAACUUAAUAAGGUUAAUACAUUAAGAAGAGUCUAAAUUAAGAGUAUAGGACUUUAGUUCUUGCGAUCAGAGCUUCAAACAGGGCAGAUGCGACUAAAUCUUUUGGACUAGACUUAUUUAACAUAUCUCCCAUUUUAAAUCAAAUGUUACAAAUUUCAAGAAAAUGAGAGAGUAGUUUUCAUUUUAAAUUCCAUUUUUUUACUGUGUUGAAUAUCCAUUACAAUUAUAGAAAGUGUACCUAUUUAUUUUUAAAAUAUUUGUGUAUAAUCUUUUUAAGAGAAAUUGAUAAAGAGAUCCCUGAAAAAAGAUGUCUUUAAUUAAACUCCAAUAUGAAACAAUAAUGCCCUCCUCUAUUUGCACAUCAGAGAAAGAUAUGCAGUGGCUGUUUGCUGUAGACAAAGCCAAAGAUUUUAUUGGAAGACAUUCAGAGUUAGGGAUCCUCAAAGACUUUGUAGAGCAUGGAGGCUCAAAAAAUUUGAUGCAAACAGGUAUGGGACUGAUGAGAAGAUUUUUUGCUUAGUUUGUUUUUAUGUAUGAACUGCUAGUUAACAAAUGGGGUUUGUCUCUGGGAAAUGGUUUCCGGUGGCUUUUACAUUGUGCAGUUAAAAGAGUUAAAAUUUCAUUUAAGUAUCUCUUUAUGGUAUUUCCGUUUCCAAACUACAUGUGGGGGUUUAAAUUGCUUAUAAUUUUUUUUUUCCUUAGAGACUCCAGAAAAUAGGGAUCCCAAGAAUAAUGUUCGUAAGCAUAUUUUUAACUUCCUUAAAUGCAUGUUUUACAAAUUUCUAUUAUUUUCAUUUAAAUAGAAGAAGAAAAAAUGUACCUUUUCUAAUUUUACCACCCUCUGUUAUUGGCCUGUUGAAAUUUAGGUCAAGUCAGUGCCUGGGACCUAGAUGAAACUGUCAACAAGAUAUGCAUCUUGGAGGGGCCUAGUGGAUGGGGUAAAACAGCUCUGCUCUGUAAACUUAUUGUGGAUUUGUCAAAGGUGUCUAAUAAUGAAAGUAUCAUUUCUUAUUAUAAAUCUUAAGCUGUUGUAUGAACCUGUGAAAGUAAGUGAAACCGUGGUUAAUGUUGUAAGAUAUUUAUUUCUUUGAAAAUUUCAAUCCACUUAAUUCACUUCAAGCCUAAAAUGUGUUUUGCGUGUUUCUUGAUCUUUGAUAGAGUGACACCAGGAUAUUCUACCACAUCAUAAACAGUACUCCUUCCAGUAAUCAAGUAGAAGUGUUACUGAGACGACUUUUGGAAUUUCUCACACCUGAGCCAACAGGUGAGAUCAAAUAGAGUAUGAGUUAUUUGCUAUUUGAUCAUUCUCAAAAAUUUUAAUUUUAACUCAAUAGUCUGCGUAUAAUGCUCCAAUUCCCUUUGUGUGAACCUAAUUAAUCCAUAAUUAAACAACCGUUAAAAAACAAAGUUUUUCAUAUAAAUCCUUCAUUUUUUAUUAUUUUUUUUAUAUAUUAAUAUUCUAAUGACCCACCUGCUUUUACACCACAUAUUUAUUACCCCAACUAUUUCAGAAAAACAAAAAAAAUUAUUACACACCAAACACACAAUUAAAAAAAAAAAGAAUCUCAUUUAGCUCAGUUAUUGGGAAUUUUAUUUCGUGAAAUCAUUGUCAUUAUAUUUCCUUCUUCUUUCCCCUGAAAAGCAGGAAAAAAUGUUUUAGAGAGGGGGGAGGGGGGGGGGAGGUUUUGGCUGAAAAUUGAUUUUUAAAAAAGUAUAGGAAUGCAGGACUCAAGCUCUGUAUAAAAUACACACAUUCUUAGUCUUGUAUUCCUUACUAUUUUUCUGAUUAUAACUUCCUUUGUAAAUAUUGCAUAUACAGGAAAAUCGUUUAGCACGAAACUAAGGGGACCGAAAUACUUCUUCGUGUUAAAAGAAUUUCAUGUUAAACGAUGCAUUAAAAAAAUAUAAACCAUAUUUAUUGGCGUAUAACACGUCCCCGCGUAUAACACGCACCUCAAUUCAAGAAGGAAAUAACAGGAAAAAAACUAAACAUUAUAUCGGCGUAUAACACUCACACAUGAUUUGCCCCCUAUUUUCGGGGAGAAAAAGUGUGUGUUAUACGCCAAUAAAUACGGUAUAUACUCACCAAAAUUACAUUUAUUAGAGUACAUUAUAUUAGAUCUAUCAUGUUGUAAUAUAGCAUUAAAAUGUUUAUUUUGGCAGAAGAAGUAAGUUAUCAGUUAGAAAAUGCAGAUAUUGAAGGACUUCAAAAACAGUUGAAUGAAGCCCUUGUCAACUGCAGACAAAAGGAGAUGAAUAAGCUUAUCCUGGUCAUUGAUGGGUUAAAUGAAGUAAUUAUUUGUUUUAUAAAUAAUAUAUAUCUUUUUACACAAUUAUUUAGUAAGCACCAUUUAAAUAGUUAUGCAUUUAUUGAACGGCAAAUAUUAAUAAUUUUCCCCCCAAUUUUGCUAGUCUUUAAUUUAUAUGUUUAAUUCACUAACAUAAGUUGAAAUAAAACAAAUAAAUAUUAUUAGUAGACCACUUCAUGAUAAAAGAUAUGAUUUUUUUUUUGUCAGUUUUACUUUUAAAUCUUUCUGCCCUUGUCAGUGAAUUUUGUGAUUGAUUUAUUUUAAUAACUCUGACACAAAAAAAGAUUAAUAUAAGUAAGGCAACAUGCCGCUUUAACUUUUUAUCAUGGUGCUGCAUGGCCGAACGGUCUAAACUGAGCUGGUGCUCUGAAGUUCAAUCCCCACCAAAGCCUAGACCAGCAAAAACUUCACCAGCGUCCUGGGUUGAUGGGACUCUUCAGCCUUGGAUGGCAACUCAUCUAAGAGAAGGCAAACUCUGAAUUCAAACCCGGAGAUGGAGUCCCAUAAGUGGAUAACAUUGACGCAAUGAAAAAUUAUGAGUAACUCCUGCGACGCUAAUGGUGCCAAGGUGUAUCAUCCACAUAUGAUGUUCCUAUAGGUUAUCAAGGUGCGUGGAGAGAGCCCAUUUUGCUGUCCUAAAAGUUAAUUCCAAGGACUUGUGAUGUCUUCCUGCAAAGUCUACACCAUCGUGAUAUUGGGACAGAAAAAAAAUAUUUUGGAGUGGUGACCCAUGUAAAAUAUAAGUAAUAAAAAAAAAAAUUACAAAUGUCUACAUCGUAUACUUGUGAUAUAAACGCUUAUUUUUCAACUCUGCAGAGUUUUACAAUGAUAAUGACGAUUUUCCACAGCUGGAGUCCGAUGAAAGUUACCAGCACCUGUCAUGGCUUCCACCGAGCUUCCCUCGCAACAUUUAUUGCAUUGUUUCCACAAGCCCCCACCCUCCCACAGUGGCUAGGCUUUAUGAGCAUCCAGCUUUCAAGAUGACCUUGAACAGUAUGACCCAGGAAGAUCUAUCCUUCGUGGUUACUAAAUAUCUGGGCAUCUUUAACAAGGUUUGCAGUAUUUUGAUACCUCUGUUUUCAAAUUAAAAAAUAUUUUUGUAUGCAUUAAGAAUUCUUUUUGUUAACAAGGUUAACAUCAAGUUUUUACCCCGUUUUUGAUUAAUGUUUACCUCCCCUGAUUUUUUUUGCUUAGCUCCCCUGUUUGUUUCUUUGUGUAAUUAUGACAGACAAAGUAACUAAUAAUCAAAUUUAUAAAUGAUUUUAAUAAGUCAGGAUUGAUAUAACCUCAAAUUAAUAGUCUUAAUUUUAAACACUUUUAACCCACCUUUAAAAACGUUCAUAUUCUUUUGAGAUGCAAGUUACGCCAGAUGGCUUUAAAAAAAAAAAUCAUGAUCUUCAUUAACUUCUUUGUUCAUUGAAAAAAAUUCAAACUUGUAUUAUUUCCAGAGGUUGGAGCCAAGCCAACUGACAACACUGUUGUCUAAUACAGGGGUGGAUAACCCACUGUGGAUUCUUUUGAUGGCAGAGGAGCUUCGGAUCUUUGGAGAUUUUCGUCUGAUGGAUUCCAAAAUUGGAAAAUUCCCCAACACAAUGUCGGGAGUUCUGGCUCAAAUCAUUGACAGGUUGAUUCAUGAAGAUGAGAAUGGAGUUAUCAAAAAGGUAUUUUGUAAUAUGUAUCAUUUUAUGUUUAAUAAGACACUCAAAAAUACUUCUGCAUUAUACAAUCAUAUAAAUAAUUUUUUCUGAUAGAAAAAGCUGAUAUUUAUAAUAAACUUUAUGUAGCAUUGUCACUGUAUCAUUUCUUUAAGAAGUUUAGAUUCCUCAUGGGAAGUGAAAGUCUUAUUUGUUUUUUUGUUUUUUAAUGUUUCAUAAAUAUUAUUUUAAUCUAGUUAACAAAAUUAAGGUGUGUAUUUUAACAAUAACUAUUAUUUGUAGCUGAGGUUUCUGAAAUAAAAUGUACUCCUUUAGACAAAUCAAACCAACAUCACAUUUUUAUCACUGACUUCCAGUUUUGGUCCCCCAUAUUAAAGACAAGAUCAUCAAGAGUUUUUAUUAAAGUGAUGGUCCUAUUGAUUCAGAUUAUUAUUUUUCUAAAUUUUUUUAGGGGGUGGAGGGGUUGGGGGGGGGGGGGGGUGUUAAUAGGAUUGUUUGCUUAAGGUUUAGAUUGACUUUUAGAGUUCUCUUAAAGUCAUGAGCAAUAACAUAAUCUAACAUUUCCGCAGUACAAUUUUGAUUUUUCGAUGUUAUCAAUAUUUGGAUAAUCACAUGUCGAUUUCCUUAUAGGUUAGUAAUGAAGAAUUUUGCCCUAUAGGUUCUGUGCUUGAUAGCAUGUUCUCGGCAUGGUCUGCCAAGUGACCAAAUUCUCAAGAUUUGUGGGAAUGUUGAAACUAAAGAAGAGCUGCCUCCUCUGUACUGGGCUCGGGCCAGACGGGCUCUCAAGUCUUAUCUUAGAUUUUCAGGACGCUCUGAAGAAAUGAUGACGUAUUCUCAUCAAGCUGUCUUGGAGGUAGACUAACACAUAUUAAUGGAAAAAAUUUUAAUAUUUUAUCUUUAAUGAAACUGGGAAAAGUAAUUUUAUAAUCUCAGGAAAUUAACUCAGAAACUUUUUUGGGUAUUUUACUUUAAACUAAUUGCAGAUGAAACUUAAAAUUUGCCUGAGCUCAUGAAAAUUGGAUACACAAUUUGACACUUUUAACAGUUAAGAAAGUUUCAACAAUUAAAAUCCUCCAAAUAUCAACACAUUUCAGGCGGUUCGAGCACAACUCUUACCAAACAAAGCUGAAGUUGCGCCGUGGCACUUAAUGUUAGCCGACUACUACCAGUACUGGUGUAACGAUCCCAGGGCUAAAUGCUAUCACCUGCCUUACCACCUUGAAGCUGCAGAGCUGAAGAAAAGGUAACCAUGAUCUGCCCAUUUAAAUUGUUACCCACUGAAAGCUUCAAUAUCAGCUUUUAAAGUCCAGAUAGCUUUAUGUCAUUUAAAGUUGUCAUUUUUCCCAUUUACCGCUAAUCCUCAUUUUGUAAGUUGAUACACAAUUUAUAUUUCCAGUGGAUUCAAUUUAGAGAAGAGUGUUUACAUCAUUUAUUUGACAAAUUACUUUUUAUAACCACAUUUUUUCCCUCAACAUUGAACUAAUACUCCACAUUAUGUGUUACAUAUUUAUUUUUUUUGGACUCUCCUAUCAUUUCUAUUUUUAUUUAUAUCAAAACUAACAAUUGAAACUAUUGUUUAUUUUCUGUAUAUUUUUUGCAUGUACUAGAAUUUAAUUUGGUCCAAACCUAGCUAAAUGCUGGUAGCAAAGACCAAUGAGCUGCUUGAAAAUAUCUCACUGAAAGUGGAAGAAAGAUUAAAGCAAGACAUAAGCUUUUGAGAAUGAAAAGCUAAUCUUGAUUUAAUUUCAAGCAAAAAAAUAAAUCUUUGGGGGUUUGUGCUAGAGCUAAUAGGGUUUUGUUCAUUUGAUUACAGACUGGUCGAGUUCAUGCAAAGAGACCCAGACUCUUACUUUUACAUCAACCAAAUUCAAAGAAGUAAUAUUAUGCGGGUAAGCCAUGGCAGUUUCUUUUAAAAUUAAGACAACCAGAAUCUUUUAUUAUGAACUUCCUUGCCUGAAAUCCUGAGAAACUUUAAUGUCUAAGAAGAACAUUUGGCCUACAUGUUGUAUUUAUUGUAUAAAUGCCAGACUGUAACUUUCUCUAGAGAUAAGAUCAGACUUCUUUUAACCGUGGUUCCCAAAAUAUUCCUGUGCUGGGUAACAGGGUUGCUCCAAAAAUAUCCCUGAAAUUACCCUUAGCUGAUGUAGUUUUAGAGCAAGCCCAUCAGUGUGUUGAUGGAAAGGACAUGUAUUGGACACUGUACAAACCACUGGCUGUAAUAUUAAUAUUAGAUGGUGCCUGAUGGCAAAAUUUAAAAAUUUUUAACAUAAUAUUCUGAUGCACUAAUGGCACCUUAAUGAAAUGAACAAGUUUGGGAAGGACUGCCUAGUUUAACUGCGGUUUAAAAGAAAAACUACCGGUGGUAGGUGAUACCGGGGUAUCUUUCAUUAUCAGUUUUUAAAUAUAUUUGUAGUCUCGGGCAGAACAUUGUCAACUGCUUGCUACAAAAUUUCAACUUUUUUUCCUCAGAACCUGAGGUGUCACUUUACAACUGAUGCCAGGAUUCCUGCAACAGCACCACUCAUGUUAUGCCACUCUUGUGCAAUGUUUACCAGGGGAUGGAACCCGGGCUGCAACUGGCCCAACAAAAGCUGCUGUGCUGUUUGUGGGGCAUUUUGCCAUCAGGGAUUCUCCCAAAAGUCUGCGAGGGCUUGUAUGAAGCAUGCUAAUAGCUGGGGACUUGGCAAGGUCAAGUGUGUUAUGUGCAGCUUUGUUGUUGAUGUCAAUACUAAAAAUGGACCCCUUGUCCCUGCCCCAGUGCAGCUUUGUCACAUGUGCAGUUUUGGUAUAUUUGAAACAAGAUGUGCACACUUUGAUGUUUAACCUAUUGGGGAAUGUUACAAAUCUAUACGAGUUUUACAAGAUGAAACACAAUGUUGCUAUCAAUGUUUCACUAAUAAACUUUUGGAAAAGGUGGAUUUUAAACAAAAAUUACAAUAACAUUUUUAAAAAUGUAUGUACAAGCUAUUGAUGUAGGCUGAUGACUUUGAUCACUGCAUUCAUGUUAUUUUAGUAUACACAUAAUCAUUCCCUGUACAUUUUACUAAAUUUACAUUAAAUUCUAUCUAUUAUCUUAUAUUAUGUUAAUUCUUACACUUAAUCCACUUAAUCAUUCCUCGUACAUCUCUUUACAUUCAAUUCAUAUGUCAAAAAUGCUCACUUUUCUCAAUUUUUAAUGCAUGUGUUGAGAACAUUUUAUCCAGUCUUCAUGGGUAAGUUUCCAAGGAAAUAAACUGUUGAUGUACCAAACUUUUAAUGAUAAAAUAUGUCUAGGAAAUGUGGCUCUUGAGAAAUUUUGUGUAACAGGAGUUGAAACUAAUCUCCAACAGUCAUCUUUCUCACCAAGAUAAGUGAACAAAUUAAAUUCCUCUUUGACCAAUGUUUAAUGAGCCCAGCAACACUACUUGAAGACCUGAGUGAAACUAUGUCCAAAGUGAUGUGUCAGGUGGUGUUGACAGUGUUGUAGAUUGAGUCAAAAGAUAAUUUUUAAAAAAGCCACAUUUUAAAAAUUCUCUUAUAAACAGUUUAGUGAUAAAGAAACUUGAAUAAAGUGAAUUUCGGCUAGUUGUAAUAUAUUCAAGUAUAUAAUAUUGUAUUUGGAUUUUUAUACAAAUUUGCGGGUCAUUUUUUAUUAUUUUUUUAAAAACUUAACUUGUAUGAAAAUGUCUCUUUUGUUAUUCACACUGUACACAUGUUCAUUUAUGUUUUGAUUCGUUAGUUAUUUAAUUUCCCUAAAAUACAUAUUUUUUCAGAAAUUUCAUAUGUUUUUCUUUUGAUAUCAUUUUAGUCUUACAAGAAAGAGAGAAGGUAUACCAUUAUUUUCAGUAAUAACAUCAGAAUCAUUGCAAUUAACGACUAGGUUUUAUCAAUAUACUUGGAAUACAUGCAUCAAACUGAAGAAUUUUGCUUUUCUAUCUUUAUGGUAAUAGCACUCUUAAACAAUAUUUGAGCACCAU